AUGCCUUCUGCCGCCCGCGACAUUCCCAUCGUCAAUGGCCACAGCAACGGUCGCGAUGAGGCUUCGCUUGCACGAACCGUCUCGAACUCGUUUGGCACACUCGACCUGUCUACCAGCCCUUCAGCUACCUUCCACACACAGCACAGUGGUAGCUAUGGCUCCGCACAGAAACCUUCUACCAAACAGCUCAAGCCCUUCGCGACGCAAGAUGUCAAGGUGCUCUUACUAGAAAAUGUCAACAAGACCGGCCAGGACAUCCUCCGCAAACAAGGCUACCAAGUGGAAGCGCUUAAAACCUCCCUCCCCGAAGACCAACUCAUCGACAAAAUCCGCGACGUGCACGUCAUCGGCAUCCGCUCUAAGACCCAACUCUCCGCCAACGUCCUCAAGCACGCCAAGAACCUCAUCGUAAUCGGCUGCUUCUGCAUCGGCACCAACCAAGUUGACCUGCAGUAUGCCGCGCAAAAUGGCAUCUGCGUCUUCAACUCGCCUUUCAGCAACUCGCGUUCCGUCGCCGAGCUCAUGAUCGGCGAGAUCAUCACCCUCGCCCGCCAGCUCGGCGACCGCAGCAACGAGAUGCACCAGGGCGUGUGGAAUAAAGUCUCCGCCGGCUGCUGGGAGGUGCGUGGCAAGACGCUCGGGAUAGUCGGGUACGGACACGUGGGCAGCCAGCUUUCCGUGCUGGCGGAAGCGAUGGGGAUGAAGGUCAUCUACUACGACGUUGUGAACCUGAUGGGUUUGGGCACGGCCACGCAAGUCCACACACUUGAGCAACUACUCCAACAGGCCGAUUUCGUCACCCUGCACGUCCCGGAGCUACCGGAGACGAUCAACUUGAUAUCCGCGAAAGAGAUCGAGCAAAUGAAGCGCGGCGCCUACCUCCUCAACGCCUCCCGUGGCAGCGUCGUCGACAUCCCCGCCUUAGUAUCUGCGCUGCAAUCCGGCAAACUCGCCGGCGCAGCGCUAGACGUCUACCCUAACGAACCGGGCUCCAACGGGCCCACCUUCACCUCCUCCAAACUCGGCUCCUGGGCCGACGACUUGCGGGGCGUCAACAACGUCCUACUUACCCCCCACAUCGGCGGAUCGACCGAGGAAGCGCAAUCUGCCAUCGGCGUUGAAGUGGCCGAAUCACUGGUCAACUACGUCAAUCUCGGCACGACCUCCGCCGCCGUAAACAUGCCGGAGGUGACUUUACGCAGUUUGACGAUGGACGAACCGAAUCAUGUGCGGGUCAUUUAUAUCCACCGGAAUGUGCCGGGCGUGUUGCGGAAGGUCAAUGAGAUUUUGGGGGAUCAUAAUGUGGAUAAGCAGAUGACGGAUAGUCGUGGGGAGGUGGCGUAUCUGAUGGCGGAUAUUUCGAAUGUGAAUGUGAGCGAGAUUAAGGAUUUGUAUCAGCAUUUGGAAGACCUCGGAAGCAGGAUUCGGACGCGAGUCUUAUACUAG